CUCCCAGACCUCAGCCCGGUGCGCCCAGGCACCCACCUCCAGCCCGAGCCCGCGAUCCAGCGUCGGGACCGCCGCGCCCACCCCGCCGCCGCCGCCGCCGCCGCCGCCGCCGCCGCACUCCGCCCGCCGUCCGCCCCGCCCGCAGCGCCAGACCAUGUCCGCCGCCGGCCUGGGCCCGGUCCGCUGCGCCUUCGUGCUCCUGUUCGCCCUCUGCGGCCGGCCCGCCGCCGGCCAAGACUGCGGCGGUCCGUGCCAGUGUGCGGCCGCGCCGGCGCCGCGCUGCCCCGCCGGCGUCAGCCUCGUGCUGGACGGCUGCGGCUGCUGCCGCGUGUGCGCCAAGCAGCUGGGCGAGCUGUGCACGGAGCGCGACCCCUGCGACCCACACAAGGGCCUCUUCUGCGACUUCGGCUCCCCGGCCAACCGCAAGAUCGGCGUGUGCACCGCCAAAGAUGGUGCCCCCUGCGUCUUCGGAGGUACCGUGUACCGGAGCGGCGAGUCCUUCCAGAGCAGCUGCAAAUACCAGUGCACUUGCCUGGACGGGGCGGUGGGCUGCGUGCCCCUGUGCAGCAUGGACGUCCGCCUGCCCAGCCCUGACUGCCCCUUCCCGCGGAGGGUCAAGCUGCCGGGGAAAUGCUGUGAGGAGUGGGUGUGCGACGAGCCCAAGGACCACACCGUGGUUGGCCCUGCCCUCGCCGCUUACCGACUGGAAGACACAUUUGGCCCAGACCCAACUAUGAUCCGGGCCAACUGCCUGGUCCAGACCACAGAGUGGAGCGCCUGUUCCAAGACCUGUGGGAUGGGCAUCUCCACCCGGGUUACCAAUGACAACGCCUUCUGCAGGCUGGAGAAGCAGAGCCGCCUGUGCAUGGUCAGGCCUUGCGAAGCCGACCUGGAAGAGAACAUUAAGAAGGGCAAAAAGUGCAUCCGUACCCCCAAAAUCUCCAAGCCUGUCAAGUUUGAGCUUUCUGGCUGUACCAGCGUGAAGACUUACCGGGCUAAGUUCUGUGGAGUAUGCACAGAUGGCCGGUGCUGCACCCCACACAGAACCACGACUCUGCCUGUGGAGUUCAAGUGCCCCGACGGGGAGCUCAUGAAGAAGAGUAUGAUGUUCAUCAAGACCUGUGCCUGCCAUUACAACUGUCCUGGAGACAACGACAUCUUUGAGUCCCUGUACUACAGGAAGAUGUAUGGAGACAUGGCCUAAAGCCAGAGAGUGUGAGAGACAUUAACUCAUUAGGCUAUAACUUGAACUGAUUCACAUCUCAUUUUUGUGUAAACAUGAUUUCAGUAGUACAAGUUAUUUAAAUCUGUUUUUCUAACUGGGGGAGAGAAACAGUCCCACCGAAUUCAAAAUAUUGUGCCAUGUGACAUUCAAACAAAAGAGUCUUAUCAACCCAGACACUGGUUUGAAGAAAGUUAAGACUUGACCGGGGUGGGGGGACUACAUUAGCACAGAGCACCAGAAUGUAGACUAAGGUGUGGCUUGAGGAGCAGUGGGGGGUGGGGGGGGCACCUGUAGAAACGAUUUGUCACCUUAAAGUGGUAGGGGCCUGCUCUUUGGAGUGUGAUUGAGAAGGAAAAUUUUAGCAUGCUCAAUGACCUGCCUACUGUAGCUCCAGCAACGGCUAGGAUGUGUGUCCUCCAGCCUUCAUGAGGCUGGGUCAAGUUCUUCUUUAAGUCAGAACAGCAGAUUCAGCUCUGACAUUCUGAUUUGAAUGACACUGUUCAGGAAUCAGAAUCCUGUCUAUUAGACUGGACAGCUUGUGGCAAGCUAAUUUGCCUGUAACAAGCCAGAUUUUUUUUUUUAUUGACACUGUAAAUAUUGUGUGUGUGUGUGUGUAUAUAUAUAUAUAUAUAUAUAAAUAUAUAUAUAUAUUUGUACAGUUAUCUAAGUUAAUUUAAAGUUGUUUGUGCCUUUUUGUUUAUGUUUUUAUGCUUUGAUAUUUCAAAUGUUAGCCUCAAUUCUGAACACCAUAGGUAGGAUGGAAAGCUUAUCUGAUAAUUCAAAGCAUGAAAUGGAUAUUCAAAUGGAAAUUCUGGUCAGAGUGAUACUCCAUCAAAACAGAUUGUUUACUGAAUAUGAGGCAGUGAUGUCCUUAGAAGUCUAAUUUGUCAGUUGAAAAUGUGGUAGCCUUGUUUUAAUGAACAAGUGGCCUUUAUUAAAAAAAAAUGAGUGGGUGUGUAUAGAUGAUCAGUUUUUCCACCUGGAAGCAUUUGUUUCUACCUUGACUAUGACUGUUUUUUGGACAGUUUAUUUGUUGAGAAUGUGACCAAAAGUUACAUGUUUGCACCUUUCUAGUUGAAAAUAAAGUAUAUAUUUUUUCUAUAAAAA